AUGUUUGUUGCUAGUGGUGUGAUGUUUGUUGCUAGUGGUGUGAUGUUUGUUGCUAGUGGUGUGAUGUUUGUUGCUAGUGGUGUGAUGUUUGUUGCUAGUGGUACAUUGUUUGUUGCUAGUGGUGUGUUGCUUGUUGUUAGUGGUGUGUUGUUUGUUGCUAGUGGCAUGAUGUUUGUUGCUAGUGGUGUGAUUUUUGUUGCUAGUGGUGCAUUGUUUGUUGCUAGUGGUGUGUUGUUUGUUGUUAGUGGUGUGUUGUUUGUUGCUAGUGGCGUGAUGUUUGUUGCUAGUGGUGUGAUGUUUUGUUGUUUGUGGUGUCUUGUUUGCUGUGGCGUGAUGUUUGUUGCUACUGGCGUGAUGUUUGUUGCUAGUGGUGUGAUGUUUGUUGCUAGUGGUGUGAUGUUUGUUGCUAGUGGUGCAUUGUUUGUUGCUAGUGGUGUGUUGCUUGUUGUUAGUGGUGUGUUGUUUGUUGCUAGUGGCAUGAUGUUUGUUGCUAGUGGUGUGAUUUUUGUUGCUAGUGGUGCAUUGUUUGUUGCUAGUGGUGUGUUGUUUGUUGUUAGUGGUGUGUUGUUUGUUGCUAGUGGCGUGAUGUUUGUUGCUAGUGGUGUGAUGUUUGUUGCUAGUGGCAUGAUGUUUGUUGCUAGUGGUGUGUUGUUUGUUGCUAGUGGUGUGUUGUUUGUUGUUAGUGGUGUGUUGUUUGUUGUUAGUGGUGUGUUGUUUGUUGCUAGUGGUGUGUUGUUUGUUGUUAGUGAUGUGUUGUUAGUGGUGUGUUGUUUGUUGUUAGUGGUAUGUUGUUUGUUGCUAGUGGUAUGUUGUUUGUUGCUAGUGGUAUGUUGUUUGUUGUUAGUAGUAUGUUGUUUGUUGCUAGUGGUGUGUUGUUUGUUGUUAGUGAUGUCUUGCUAG